CUCACUCCCGACCUGCAGCCCCUGCCACUGCAGUUCUGGCUCUUUCCCCUGGGCUCUGCAUGCUGAGGUUGGGCUAGGGGUGGACAGGGGCAAUGGAGCCAUUUGACUGCACUGGGGAGUGGAGUCAAGAUGGAGCUGAGAACAAAGAGCCAUUUGUGAGAUGGCACAGGCAGCCCCUCCCCCCGGAGCAGCCCUAGCAGCUCUCCGUCCCUGCGAAAGCGUCUACUGCUGACCCCCCGGACCUUCCCUGAGCUCCCUGCAGGUGCCAUGGUGGAAAAGAGCACAGAGAGUGCCCCAGAUCGGGGCCCCUUGUCCGUCCCCCUCAACUACCCACUGAGCGCCAGGAGUUUCAUCCGCAACAACAAGAAAGCGCAAAGCUGGUACAGCAUGCUGAGCCCCACGUACAAACAGCGCAAUGAGGAUUUCCGCAGGAUCUUCAAGGGGCUGCCGGAGAGCGAGCGGCUGCUUGUGGAUUACUCCUGUGCGCUGCAGCGCGACAUCCUACUCCAGGGGCGGCUCUACCUGUCCGAGAACUGGCUCUGCUUCUACAGCAACAUCUUCCGCUGGGAGACAGCAAUCUCUGUCCCGCUGCGGGAGGUGAAAUGCCUGAAGAAGGAGAAGAUGGCCAGGCUGAUUCCCAAUGCCAUCCAGGUCUGCACUGCAGCUGACAAGCAUUUCUUCACCUCAUUUGGAGCCCGUGAUCGCUGCUUCAUGUUGAUCUUCCGCCUAUGGCAGAAUGCACUACUGGAGAAGACGCUGUCUCCCCGGGAGCUCUGGCAUAUCGUCCACCAGGGCUAUGGCGCUGAGCUUGGCCUCACCAGCGAGGACGAUGACUACGUCUGUCCUGUCCCCACUGACGAGCUCAAUGGCCCGGGGCCAGUCAGGGAGCUCAGUGACAUCAUCGAGCUGAGAGACCUGGCCUUGCCCUGCGCUGCUGACCUCAAGCUGGAGCCCAGCCCCACGUUGGCCAGGACAGCCGCUAGUCAGAGCUUCCACUCACUGGCCAGCAGCAGUGAUGGGGCAGCCUCACUGGCAGAGGACCCCGAAGAGAAUGUGGACAGCCAGGCGGAUACUGCCUCCAACUGCACAGCGACACCGGUGCUGGAGCCCCUGAAGGCUGUGGUGCUGGGGGGGGACCCACUGCCUGCCCUGGGGGACCUGCUGCCUCAUGAGGAGCUCCCCACUGACACCAGCAACUCCUCCUCCUCCUCCUCCUCCUCCUCCAUCCAGGAUGAAGUGGAGGUGGACACCUUCUCAGACCUGCCCGGGCGGGUGGUGCUGAACUGCGUCUAUUGCCUGGGGGCUGAGCGGCUGCAGCAGAUGCUCUUCAGCGACUCGCCGUUCAUGCAGAGUUUCCUGUGCCAGCGCAAGUUCACAGAUGUGACACUGACCUCAUGGAGUGGCAAGAGCAAGUGCCACCAGAGCCGUGUCCUCUCCUAUACCAUCCCCCUCAGCAACCCGCUGGGGCCUAAGGCAGCUGCUGUGGUGGAGACGCAGACCCUGUUCCGUGCCAGCCCCGAUAGCGGUGCCUGCGUGGUGGACUCGGAGGUGAUCACGCAGGGCAUCCCCUACCAGGACUACUUCUACACCGCCCACCGCUACUGCAUCAGCACGCUGGCCACAGGCACGGCCCGUCUCAGAGUCUCCUCCGAGAUCCGGUACCGGAAGCAGCCCUGGAACCUGGUGAGAGCCCUGAUUGAGAAGAACACGUGGAGCGGUGUGGAGGAGUACUUCCAGCACCUGGGGCUGGCGCUGGCACGAGCGGAGAAGACGCUGCUGGAGGAGAGUGGCAGUGGGACGGAGCCGCGGGGGCUGCGCCGCAGGAAGCACACACUGAGCUGGAGGGCCCCCCAUGCUGAGCCCACCCUGGCCACGCUGCCCCCCAGCAAGACAGGGCCCUGCCCCCUGCGCCCCUCUGGCAGCCUGGCAGCCCAACUCUCCCAGCAGCUCGUGGAGCGGAGCCGGGGCCCCACUGUGUCCACCCUCAUCCUCAUCGUCAGCCUGGUGAUCUGUGUGAGCCUGCUGGUCCUAGUGGUUCUCAACGUGAUGCUGUUAUACCGGCUGUGGGCGCUGGAGCAUACGGCCCGCGCUUUCCAGGCCUGGCAGGCUUCCGCACUGGCCCGAGGGAAGCUGCCCCGGUCAGCAGGCGAGUGGGCCGAGGUCCUGGAGCUGCAGCGGCGUUUCCAUGGUGCCGAAGUGCAGAAGUGGAGGCAGAUCCUGGAGGCCUCUGUGGAGCUGCUGGAUGAGAUGAAGGUCUCCCUGGAGAAGCUGCACCAGGGCAUCAUGAUGGCAGAACCACCCCCGGAGCCAGGCCAGGCUGAUGCUAUUUCCUGAAGCUGCACUGGCCUCCGGGAGCCAUGGGGGACUGAGCUGGAUCUGAGACUGCAGCUAGGUCAGCGCCGCCCAGACACGCCUGUGGGCCGGCUCCUUCAGCCGAGUCAGCGCCGUUCAGCCAGCUCCCUCGACUGGCUCAGCGCUGCCUGGGCGCCCCUUGUCGGCCAGGUCAGUACUGCUUGACGCCCUCAUUCAGCUGGCUCCCUCAGCCAGGUCAGCACCGCCCGGACACUCCUCAUCGGCUGGCUCCCUCGUUCGGGUCAGCGCCAUCCAGACGCCUCCUGCAGGCCAGUUCCCUCCACCAGGUCAGUGCCGCCUGGAUGUCCCCGUUCAGCUGGUGCCCUUGGCCGGGUCAGCGCUGCCUGGACAUCCCCCUUCGGCUGGCUCCCUCAGCCAGGUCAGGACCGCCUGGACACCCCCCUUCAGCAGGCUCCGUCGGCCAGGUCAGCGCUGCCUGGACACCCCCCUUCGGCUGGCUCCCUCGGCCGGGUCAGGACCGCCUGGACACCCCCUUUCGGCUGGCUCCCUCGGCCGGGUCAGGACCGCCUGGACACCCCCUUUCGGCUGGCUCCCUCGGCCGGGUCAGAACUACCUGGACACCCCCCUUCGGCUGGCUCCCUCGGCCGGGUCAGCGCCGCCUGUACGCUUCCCAGGGUCUGCUUCUCCUGCUGGGUCAGCAGCACCUGGCCAUUGGCUGGUGUCAGCACUGGCUUGGGCUGCCCUGCUCUUCUGCCACCCCCCAGCGGAGCAGGUCUCUGUGGUGACAGCUAGGUGGAGGCCGCACCGGGGGACACAUGGAAGAUCCCCUGGGAUUAGCUCUGCCCCCCGCGAUCUGCCCACUGCCUGCAACCCAGGACAACGGUGGCUGGACUGCAGCUGCCAGCUGGGUACGGCCCACCAUGUCUGCUGCCUGGUGGCCUGUCGUGGGCUGGGGGAACCCAUCCAGUCUGGGCUAGGAAUUGACUUUCUAAGUGGUCUAGCUGCAUGGUGUUACUGUGGGGUGUGGCCAGGGCAGUUCCCCUGCCCCCUUACCUUGGAGCCAGGACUCCUGGGUCCUCUGCACUGGAGCAGGGGAACCCUUGGGGCAAACUCCGUGCAGUGCAGGGGGCACUGCCCAUGGCUCUGCCUCCUUCCCCAAACACUCAAUUCCUAGUGGGCCCGGUGCUUACCAGGCACUGGGUCGUUGUCUCCUGGCCUGGGCCUCUUGUCCUUCGCCGCUGCUGGAAGGGGCUGGGCUGCGUGUGAGCCUCCCAGCCAGCCUGCACACCGUCUUCUCCCUCAUCCUCAGUGUUAUGGGGCUCGUCCCCCCGCCCCCCCCGUCACUAUUUAUUAGCUGAUUAAAGUGUGGCUGGUAUAGCGCC